AUGCCGUCCUUCUUCGCGUCCGGGUUGAACACCUUCCCGCCCACUCCGCCACACACCAACGUCGCUCCUCGCGUCGAGACCGAUCCUUCGUUCUACGCUGGUAACGGACAUGCCGGGUUCCCCUUCAGGUACGGGGCCGGAGCUGAGUAUGAAAAGUACCAGCCUACCUUCCCCAACCCUUACCAUGGAUCACGAGGUGACCUCAACAACAAGGGGGCUGGCAACAAGCCGUUGAUCGCUCAUCAGAUGCUCUUCAACAACAACAACGCUCACGGCCAUGGUCAUCACGGACUCAUGGCGAUGCACGGAACCAAGCUGGCUCCCAUGGACAGCGCGAUACCACCACAGUACCGUCGUCAUGAUCCCAUGAUCCACCAGGACCAGCAUCAGCUCCAGCAUCUCCAGCACCUCCAGCACCAACAGCGUAAGAAGCAGCAGCAACAACAGCAACAACAUCAGCAGCAGCAGCAGCAACAGGCAAAGGAACAAAAGACCACGGGCGGCGUGGCGGCUCAUCUAGACUACGACAUGGACCAGAUGACCGACUUCGUGGCCGAGAUGGCCCAUGGAAUGUAUGCUCUCUACCAGUCCAAGCUAGUCCUUGCAGAUAUUGACAUGCUCCGAAGCGUCCACCCAGGAACCACGCCUCCUUCGCAGUUCCGCAAAUAUGUCUCCCAGAUUCUCUCGUCCACGCGUCUGCCUAGUUCCACCAUCCUUCUCGGUCUCUACUACUUAGCCUCUCGCAUGCGGAUGCUCUCCUCCGCCGAUGUCCAUCCUGCUUCCCCUUCUGCCAACUCCACCUCUGCCUCGUCUUCUCCUGCCACCACCCAGGUCUACCGCAUGCUCACCACCGGUCUCCUGCUAGGCAGCAAGUUUCUGGACGACAACACCUUCCAGAACCGCUCCUGGGCUGAAGUCAGCAGUAUCCCUGUCUCGGACCUCAACGCCAUGGAGCUCGACUGGAGGGUAAAGGCUGAUGCUCGUGCUGCUGCGGCUGCCUCCUCAAACGAGUCCCGUGCAAAGCUCGCUCCCAUCGACACAAACAUCAUCCAACGUCGUCACCAACCCUACCACCACGGUCACUCGCACCACCACAGCGCCCUGCCGAAGGCCAUGCUCUCGCCAGACGGCCCCAUUCCGCCACAGUACCAGCGCGGUGCUUGCCCAUGGCUCCCAACCAGCAACGCAAGCACCGCAGCCGCCACUCCCCUCGCUGCAUCAGACUACUCUCCGCCUUCGGCUCCUCACACCGGCCCCAGUACACCGGACUACUUCCACGGCUCCGGCUCGGCUGCUGCCUGGCCGUACAACGCUCCUCCACCUUACUGUGCUACCUGGCUUCCGCAGCAACACCAGACCGCCCGUCCAGGUCCUACCGCCCUUCCGCUGCCCCUCCCACGCUCCCAGCCGCCAUCCUACGUCCAUACUCCCAUGUAUGCAAACGCCUUCAGUCCCAUCAACAAUGGCAACGGGAACGUCUGGACCGGCCACGGCCCUGGCUGCGGAUGCCUCUACUGCGCAAAGAACCAUGAUCUAUACUUCCCUGUCACCGCUUUCGGAUUGCAGCCUGUUGCCGGAUGA